AUGGGGGACUGGAGCUUGCUUGAAAAACUGUUGGACCAAGUUCAGGAGCAUUCCACAGCUGUUGGUAAAAUCUGGCUUAUAGUACUGUUUGUCUUCCGCCUCUUAAUCCUAAGCCUUGCUGGUGAAUCAGUAUGGGGGGAUGAACAAUCAGACUUUGUGUGUAACACUAAGCAACCUGGCUGUACAAACAUCUGCUAUGACAAAGCCUUUCCUAUCUCUCAUAUUCGCUAUUGGGUGCUGCAGUUCAUUUUUGUCAGCACUCCCACCCUCCUUUACCUAGGACACGUGUUAUACCUAUCCAGGAGAGAGGAAAAGCUCAAACAGAAUGAGUUGGCCAGACUGGAGCACAAGGAACAGGAAGUAGAUCAUGUCAAUGAGGUCAUUAGAAAGAAGCGCAUAAAAUUCUACAUACAAGAGGAUGGAAGAGUAAAGAUUAGAGGAGCACUCGUAUUCACUUACUCAGCCAGUAUCAUCGUCAAGAUCAUAUUUGAAGUUGGAUUUCUGGUGGGUCAGUGGUUCCUCUAUGGAUUUGUGAUGCAUCCAUUGAUUGUGUGUGAAGGAGACCCAUGCCCCCAUAAAGUUAAUUGCUAUGUGUCCCGUCCUACAGAAAAAACAAUCUUUAUCAUCUUCGUUCUAGUGGUUUCUCUCAUCUCCUUAGCACUUAAUUUACUUGAGCUGGCGAUUUUGAUUGGCCAGACCAUUUACCGUACUGCAAAUAACAGUCCUCAAGCUGCAUAUCUCAAAGAAGUAAACAUGUUGCCAGAUAAAACAUUUAAUCAAUCAAGUGUUUCAGCUCAGGAAAACUCGUGUCUUUACUUUGGCAUACAUAAAAACCAUCCUCCCUGCCCAUUAUACAAAAUGUCAAAUGAUCAAAACUGGACCAAUUACAAUACUGAAAAACAACUUGCCCUUAGUGUUGGGAUCCAUUCCCCUUUGGAUCAUGAUGUUUUUAGUGGCCAUUCAAUACCCACCUCAAGCAGGGCAAGUAGUUCCACCUCUAAAAAGCAGUAUGUUUAAAAAACAAAAAAAACAAACAAACAA